UCAGUCAGUCUUUUCAGCUGAAAUUAACGAUCGUUCGUUCGUUUCGUUCGUAGUCGAAUUUAAUAAUUAUAAAUUAUAAUUUCAUUUGAAUUAAUUCUAAAUUUAAUCGCAAUGAGUGAUAACGAAAAAGAAGAAGCGGCGAACUUGAAAGAGGAGUUUGAAUGGGUGUUACGAGAAGAAGUUCACGCAAUAUUACAUCAGUUACAUUCGGUUUUAGUUGAAUGUGCUCAUAGGUUUCCUGUGCCUUUGUAUGGGAAUGAGGGCCAAAAGCAAGAUAAAUUCAUUUUAACAUCUCAACCAGAACAAUUAAAAUGUAUUGUAACCCUGACAGGAGAUAGCAUCACACAGGCCGACAUCAGCUUUAAAGUACUCCGUCAAAUGCAUACAAUAUGUCGCACAUCCAUCAAUCAGGAUGGGCCUUGGAAACUGCAGCAGAUCCAGGAUGCUGCCAAUCACCUCCAACAAGCACUUGGUUAUAUUGACAAUGUGGAUAAGCACUAUAUAUUUAGGUCAUCUGAAGAGGUUUUACACAUAAUACAAUGUCUCUUAGGUUCAUUGCAAAGAGCCCGGUCUGCCUUACUGUUGCCCAAGAAGAAAGCUAUUGAUGAACUUAUGAAGAGUAGGAAUAUGAAGGCAUUAUCGCCAAAUCUACCAGAGGAUCUGGCAAUAUCAUUCUACAUACAAUCCCACAAGCUGAUAUUUGUUGCCUACCAACUAAGUUCUGUGCACGGUGCCAUGAGAAUUGAUUCAUGUCAAGCGGACUGUGCUGUCCCAUGGUUGAGCGAUGUACUCCUUAUGUUAACUGCUGCCUUGCAUAUGUGUCAACAGCUUAAGGAUAAGCUGUGUGUAUUUUCUCAAUACAAGGACUUCACAGUGGGAUCAAGAUCUGCCUCAAUGGUGUUCAACUAACGAAUGCCCUUGUUACCCGAUUCUCAUGUAUGUAACUAGUUACGUAAUAAUUGUACUGUAUUUAUUUAGUUGUAAUCGAGUCCAUUGUUGAUAUUCUUGUUGAGUAUGUUGUAAUAUAAUGUAUAGGUAAAUAUAAGUUAUAUUAAUAACAUUAAUUUAUUAUGUCCGUGUGAAAAGGGGAGUUAGUGAAUGUUCUGUAGCUGUUCUGAAUACGAAGGGAACACACUCAAAAUAAACCUUGCCUUUUAUUGGAAGAUGGUUAAAAUACGUAUGUAUGCACAAUACCACUGAAUUUAUAUAGCGACGCCAAUGUUCAUUGGCUAAAAUAAAAUGUUAUGGAUAUUGUAGGUUGCAAUUUUAGUAAUAUGUAGUUUAAUAUAUACGUAUACCUACUUUGAUUUCGACGAGAUAACAUGCGAAUAAACUACCUACUAAAUUGAACUGACAUGGUUUCCAAUUUCCAUAGACAACAUUAUUUUAUACUUACUUAUCUACUAACAUUUAAUUUUGAUGACACUGGCAAUUAUUACAUUUAUAAGGCGUUUAUGAAAAAAAAAAAAAA